UCUAUUCUGUCGUCUGCCCCUCUACUGCCAUUCCAAUUGCGGUUCCGAGCCUGUUGUGUCUUGCCCCGAGGUUCACGGCGUUUGAUGUCGGAGACGGUGGUUUCAUGCGCGUGGUGUCGCGAGGACGGCUUGUGUGUUGUGUUGUCCGAGGUCGAGGUCUACUGUAGCUGUUCUGUGAUGUCUGCCUUGCUGAAUUGGGACUGGACGUGAUGAGACUUGUGUUUUUGUGUGCUUUUCGCUACUGAGUUUGCUGUUUGCGAGUUUGUCAAUAGUAUGCGAGUGACUUCGGUUUGGUCCUGUGGAUAUGUCGCUGGAAAUUCGUCGUUCGACACUUGGAUUUGGGAUACCCGUGGACCUAACCUGAUGGAGCGUCUCCGGUGGUCGGACACCAUUGGGCUCCAAUUGGUCGAUGAGUGGGUCUGAAAAAUCCGAGGGCAGGAGCUUAGACUGCAUGAGUGUCGACAGGGGAGCAUCGUGGAGGCGCUUGACAACAACAUCGAAUGAUUCUGGAGUUGAAGCAGGUUUUACAAAUGAGGAUGGUGGGAGACGGGUCAGUGAAAGGCUUCUCGAAGGACACGGUUUCAAAGGACCGUGGCGGGAACUCUUCGACGGCCACAGCCGUGGUUCUGGUGGAUUCAGAUUCGGAUGAAAGUUGCGUUGAGGUUCAAGGCACGAGGGGUACCAAAUUGGAGGCGGUUGCGCAGGACCAUGUUUUUAGAAGGCAUGAUCAACGGGUGCUUGACAAGGCAUUGUCAGAGCUCGUGGGUUUGUUUCCGAACUCAUGCAUGGAAGCAGCUGCUGCGGAUCUAUCAGCACAGUUGAAGCGAACCUCGCCAGAGAUGGCUUUGAAGAGGGUCAUCAACAGUUACAAAGAGCAUGGUGUGCCGGGGCCAGAUAGCGUAGCACAAAGUGAACGAAAAUCUGUUGGACGUGGCAGGAUUGCAAGACGAGGGGAGCGCUUAGGACAGCCUCAGCUGGGAGUACGAGCUGGUGAAGCGCAUCGAAGUCAUGAGCCUCACCUCCCCUGCGCUUGUAUUGAGCGAGAGAGGGAGUCUGUUCUGAAUGUUUUGAAGGACGGUGCGCGAAAUGCCACUGGUGCAUUGAAUGCGGACGUGGAACUUGAGAAGGGGACCCACAAGGACGCCGACGAGAGCGAUGUAUCCGGGAACAUCGAGUGUGGGUGUUGCUUUUCAGAAUAUAGAUUCGAGGAAAUGGUUCAGUGCGCAGAGGGACACCUUUUUUGCUUCACCUGCUUGCGGCGGAGGGUGGAGGAGUCAACUUUUGGAGGAUCUCAGGCGUGCAGUUCUCUUGCCUGCAUGGAUACGAGUGGCUGUGAAGAGUACUUUCCUUGGUCUGAGGUGAAACGAGCCUUGCCUUCUGAUGUGUUCGCCAAGUACGAGCAACGUCAAGCUGAGGACGCAGUCGUGCAGGCGAAACUAACAGGAUUGGUGUAUUGCCCAUUUUGUAACAUGCCGUGGGAAGUGGAUCCAGGCUUGCGAGUCCUGAAGUGUGCGAAUGAGCGUUGUCAGAAACAGGCAUCAUGCGUCAAUUGCAGAGAGCCUAGCCACAUUCCAUUACGGUGUGAAGAAGUUGAAAGGGACUCUGAGACGUCGUUGAGGAGGACCAUAGAAGAGCGUAUGACGGAAGCCCUGAUACGAGAAUGCUCGGCCUGCAAAGCUGCGUUGUUGAAAAGCGGCGGCUGCAACAAGGUUACAUGUAGGUGUGGCCAAACCAUGUGCUAUUUGUGCCGGCAGCCCAUUUCUCCCAAUUAUUCACACUUCUGCCAAGUACUUUCUCAACCAUGCAGGGGCUCGUAAAGGUGACUGCAACAUCUGUAAGAAAUGUAGUCUCUGGGAAAUGGAAGAAGAGGAUGAGAUUGUAAAAUCAGCGAGAGAGGCAGCAAUGAAUGAGUUGAUACUGAAUGAUCAGAACCUCCUCAAGCGGACGAUAGGUCCAACACUGGAAAAUGCACAUCAGAAGAAACACAGGCCUCCACCUCGACCUCCUGCUGGUCUGUUUCGACCUCCACCUCCAGAGCACUACAACCGAGUGGCCCAAGCCAUGGUUCAUGUAUCAGUCGCAGAACAGAAAACAUAGAUCGACCAGUUUUACGUUCCCAAGCACCUACUGAUUUGAUAAUUGAUGUGGAGGUUAGAUCUUGCGCAUACUUUGUGCUUACGUAUGGGGAUUUAGAUCAAUCGUAGAGUGUUAAACCAGUAAUUGCAAUGUAUAUAAGUCGGGUUUUCAAAAGUACAUGAACCUUAGAUGUCAUUUUCUUACUGUGAAUGCAUUCCAUGCAGUCAACCAUUGAUAAAUGCAUAUUUUGUGAACGUUUUACAUUGUGAAAUUGUAAAAUUUCAACAUUCUUGGA